GUCUGGGCCAGAGCGGCCUAGAGAUGGCACCGCCGGCAGGUGGGGCAGCCGCAACAGCGGACUCGGGCUCGGCCACGGUGGUCCUGGCUGUGCACGCUGCAGUGAGGCUGCUGAGCGCCGGGCCGGAUGCCGAGGCGCAGUUGCGGAGGCUGCAGCUGAGCGUGGACCCCGAGCGGCCCGGGCAUUUCCGGCUGCAACUUCAGGGCUCAGGACCUGGGGCGGACAGUUUGGAGUGGCCCUUGGAGUCAGUCUCCUACAUCGUCCGCGGUCCCGGCCAACACGAGUUGCAGCCUCCGCCAGGAGGGCCUGGAACUUUCAGCUUACACUUCCUCAACCCUGAGGAAGCUCAGCGGUGGGCAGCCCUGAUGCAAGGUGCCUCCGUGGAGGGACAGAAUGGUAGUGGCAGCCCACCCCCAGCUUUGGGCCCAGAACUAUGCCCUAUUUCCCUUCCCAGUCCUCCUGUGGCCCCAACACUCAAAGCACGACAAUCUCAGGCGAAUGUGACCUGGAGCCCUGGAGACUCAUUGGAGAAAGAAGAGCUGGCUGGGGACCUGGCCCAGGCCAUUGCACGUGGAGACGAGAAGGGGGCAGCUCAAGUGGCAGCAGUCCUGGCCCAGCAUCAUGUGGCUCUCAGUGUCCAGCUCCAGGCAGCCUGCUUCCCACCUGGUCCUAUCAGGCUGCAGGUCACAGUUGAAGAUGCCAUAUCUGCUAUGUUCUCUGCAUCCUCUGCCCACAUCUCGCUGCAGGUCCACCCCCACUGCACCAUUGCAGCUCUCCAGGAACAGGUGUUCUUUGAAUUUGGCUUCCCACCUGCUGUGCAGCGCUGGAUCAUUGGACGAUGCCUUUGUGUGCCUGAGCGCAGCCUUGCUUCCUAUGGGGUCCAGCAGGAUGGGGACCCUGCCUUUCUCUACCUGCUUUCAGCCCCCCCAGAAGCACCAGGACACAGCCCUCAGUGUCCCCAGAAGAUGGAUGGGGACCUAGGAAACUUGUUUCCCCAGACCCUGGAGCUGACCCAAGCCCCCCAGCCAGCCAGCCUCCCCAGUCCCCUUCAGGUGGGCAAGGGACCAGUGUGUGUAGAGGUGGGCCAAACCUGGGCAGCUGAGAUCACUGGAAGGAGCAGAAAAGCAACAAAAGUCUCCCCACCUCCUUAUCCCGGCUGGCCCUGUCCUUCCUGCACCUUCAUCAAUGCCCCAAGCCGUCCAGGCUGUGAGAUGUGUAGCACCCAGAGGCCCUGCCCUUGGAAUCCCCUUCCUACAGACUCCACCUAGGAACUAUCAAAGGUUACUGAGAACAUCGGCCUUCUCUCACAGAUCCAAGUUCCUGGAUCACCACCUGAACUUCUCAGGGGACUUCCACUGGCUGCUCACUGGAGAUAAAGCCACCAGGAUUGGGGCAAGGGAAGAGCAUGAGCCAGUCAUUAAAAAUAUAAGCCAGU